GCGGGGGAAGGCUUGCUGCUGGAUUGGCUCGAAAUGGGAACCAAAACAGCUACCAAGGCUGAAACUGGUAGUUCAUCAGAGCAUUGUCACAGAUCUCGGAACGCCGUAGUAAACAUUCAUUUUUAGUUCAUAUAGCUGGGACUGCAAGUCCUUGUGAUCCACGGGGUCCAUUGUUGUCUGGAUGAUUCUGUCAGUGCUGCGACUAGAGGAUCCAAAUGCGACUGUCCGAAACUUGGGAUACUGGUGGAGUGCACCAUGAACCGGGAAGAGCCUGACAUUUAGUCAUCAAUGUAAAACUUCCUUACAUGCAUCAUCCAAUCAGAUGCAGAAUCUCCUGUAUAUAAUCUCUAUUUGUACAAUAUUAUAUCUUUAGAGAGGUGAAUAAAAAAAAUUAAAAAACAGGGAGUAUUUGUGUGUGGGGUGGAUGGGGUGGUCAAUGCCUGGGCAACAAACAGACCUCACAAACACACAGGACACACUAACAAAGACGUAUUCAUUCAUUCACUGCAAAACAAAGCACAGAGACACUGGUGUGAUUAAUCCUUAGUGCGACGUGGAUAAAGGAGAGGGUAAACCGUUACCACCAUUUCAACUGUCAAUACAAUCAUUCUAUAUACACAGUUUACCAGUGUAGUAUGAAAGGAUUUCUCAACUCUGCCUCGUGUGAAUUCAACACGGACAGCACGUUAGAAGAAAGAGCAAACAUGAAACUGUGUGUGAAACUGGGCACAUCUGCCACAGUGACGUUUAACAAGACAUAAGUUUGACAUACAUCGAUGCUGCAGCGAGUCGUUUGAGGUGUUUUGAGCAACAAGCUCACUUAAAAAAAAGAUUUUACUUCGCCCUCUUCCCGAGGAUCCAGCUCAAAGGUCACCAUUUUGACAGCAUUGAGAUCCGGCGUUAAUCGCAGAAGGUGCACAACACGCUUAGAAAAGAAGACUUCCAGGACACAUUCCAGAAGAACACAGGGGGCACUGUAUUGCUGUGAAAGGGGACUAUUUUGAAGGUGAUCUCUCUGACCCGAGAUAUGCAAUUUGCAGUGAAAUUUGUAAUCACCUGUUGUUUGUAUCAAGCUGUUUUGUGUAGAGAAUUUUUCAUCAGUCUACCAGAGAGUAUAGAAGCUCUGAGAGGCCUCUGCGUUCUCAUACCCUGCAGUUUUGAUUUUAAAGAACAGUAUGAUGAACAACUACAAAACAACGCGAGAGGCGUCUGGUAUAAAGGUGACAGUUUGGCAAAACACAAAGUCUUCUCCUCCAAAUCUACUGAAGGCAACCAGAUCAAUGGCAAAAUUAUAGGCGACCUCUACAUGAAGAACUGCACCACCAUCUUCUACAACAUCAGUGAGAGUGACACUGGAGAAUAUUACUUUAGAAUAGUGUCUGGAAAUUUGAAAUAUAUUUAUCCUUCUUCUCUUUAUUUAAAUGUCAGAGCCACUCCAAUCAGUCCAUCAAUAACACUGUAUAAGGAGGAUCAUGGGGAGCUGAUGGACCAAAAGCAGGUGCUGGAGGGAACUUUAGUGAGGCUCAUGUGCUCAGCUCGAUCUCCAUGUCCCUUUAACCCUCCCACUUUUACAUGGAACUUCCUGCCUGAGGAGGGAAGACAAGAACGUUACCACAAUGCCAGAUUCAGAUCUUCUCAGCUGAACUUCAAAGCUACUCACCUUCAUCAUGGACGUGAUUUCACCUGCACCGUCACCUACCAGCUCCAGAACUUCAACAAAUCAGAACAGAGCUCUUUUACUCUACAUGUUCUGUAUGGUCCUAGAAACACCUCAGUAUCAGCAUCUCCAUCUGCUUCAGUGCUUUUGGGGAGUUCAGUGUCUCUGAGUUGCAGCAGUGAUGGAAACCCAGCAGUGCUGAACUACACCUGGUACAGAGAGAACGGAGAGCAGAUAGGAACCGGAAACCAUCUCACCAUCAACACCACUGAUUCUCCACACAGUGCUUUAUACUACUGUAGAGCUCAGAACCAGCAUGGAGAUCACAACUCUUCUAUCCACCUGGAUGUUCUGUAUGCUCCUCAGGUCUCACCUACAUCCAGCUGUAACAGUGCUCAGGAUUUAAUUAUGUGUUCCUGUGAAGUUAAAGGAAAUCCAUUUCCUAAACUUGUGUGGCAUUUUUCUGGUGAAACUCUCCUUCCCUCUGAGAGCACAUCAAUCCGAGAGGAGCCUGUGGGUGACGCAGGUUUAAAAAGCUUCAUUACAUUCCAUGAAUUGUUUAUAGACACGCCCACUCUGCAGUGUAUUGGCAUAAAUACGAUAGGCGUCGACACACACUUGUUCAAUCCAAUCAAAUCAGAAUGCAUCCACACUGCAGUAGAUUAUCUGCUACUGUUUCUUACCGUGGCUUUCCUUCUGUGUGUUGCUGUUAUUAGUUUUCUCAUCUAUAAAUUAAAGCAAUAUUAUGGAAAAAUAAAGGUUCUCAAGAGUGGGAAUAUUUAUGCUUCUCUGCAGCUCUCUGCUCCAAACACGUAUGAAAUUCUGCAGACUCACAGAGAGGGAAGACUUCAAGAGAACAAAGUCUGAAAAACUGCACAAGCUUCCUAAAACAGUUUAUUUGUUGGUCUGUUUAUUGCUGUUUUGUUUAUAAGUUGUUUUGAGGAAUAAAGCUGAGAGCCCGCAGUGCUCCUGUACAUUA